UCUCUCUCUCUGAUCUCUUUCUCUCUCUAACUUUCACUCAGCUACAUUUCAUUUCAUUCACUCCCUCCCACUUCCCACACCCCUUUAGUACUCUCUCUCUCUCCCUCACUCUCACUCGCUCUCAGAUGAAAAAGAAACUUCCUUUGCUUUCUUCUUCUUCUUCUUGCUCAGGACUCUCAAGCUUGAGCUUCACAAGGAUUGAAUGCUUCGCUGGUUCAUGCAAGACCCAAAGGCCUCUCCUCACACAAGGAAGCCCUGGUACCAAAGAGCGAUGGAGAUGGCCAGCCUAUGGAGAACCAUGUCCAAGCCCACCCAAAUCCCGCCAACCAACGGCACGAUCUGGAAAACCCUCACAAAGCCCACCGAAGUCCACGCCCUCAACAACGGGACCAAUGGCUCUUCUCGGCGGCCGCAGAAGCUGCGGAAGUGUAGCUCCCUGAGGGUGGCCACCUCGUUCACCAGGGUGUGCCUGUGUGCCCCGAUAUCGUCCUACAACGAGGUGUUCCGGGCCGAGAACGUCCCCCCCAGGAGGAGCAACAGCUACCCCAGGUCCAAGUCGAUUCCGGGCCCGGCCCAACAGGAGAGGGGGCUCACGGGCCCGACGAGCCCGAGGCCCAGCGUAGAGUUGUUAGGAGGAGGGGGUGUUGGGGGUAGGAGAAUUAUAUUCAGGGGGAAGUCAUUGAGGGAUGAUGUGCUAAUGAGGAGGUUUGUGGUUGAGGAGGAAGCAAUGAUGCAAAUUAGGAGGAGGAACCAAAUGGAAGUCAUUAGGAGGAGGAGUUUGGUAAGGAGAAGGAAGAAGCUUGGGCCUAGCCCUCUUAGUAGAAUGGUCAUGGCUAAUGACCAUGAUGAUGAAGAAGAUGAUGACAAAUCAAUUUGAUAAGAAGAGGGGGGGAAGGACCUUGUGACGACCCAUUAAUUUAACAAAAUUUAUGAUCUUGUUUGCACCCCAAGUUUGAUAUAUGAGUUCCCCGCUCUCUUUACUAUCUGAUUUGGUUGAUUAUGAUGAACUGGUAUGUCAAAAUUCACCGU